UAUCGAUCGAUUUCAUUUGUGAGCAGUAGGUGGCGUUGCGAUCGCGCACAAUCUUGCUUACUUGAAACGAAUCGAUAAACAAAAACUGCUUUUCGUGGGCGUUGCCACACUUUGUUUGAGACUGAUAAUUCUGUGAAUUAAAUAGAUAAGCCCUCACGCGUUUCGUGACAUUGUACUCGUUAAAAAAUAGGGCUUCAGUGAUAAUUCACCUCGCAUCGUACCUGUAACUCGUAGUGUCUGCUUCCAUUGUUGUUCCCAUACCGAUUUUCUUAUUGAAUUCCUUUAUAAAAGUGUUUUACAUCACAAUUACAGUGCAUGUAUAAAUUAUUUGAUAGUUAAAGUGUGUUGUAAUUCAUAAUAUCCUUCAAUAACUCUGCGAUACUUGUGAAGUUUAAGUAUGGUGAUUCCUCGGUGAUUCAUGCAAGAUAAUUUUCUCAAACGGACCGUAACGUCGUCUGUGAUGUGAAAAUGUUCAAAAACAUUGUUCUGACUUUGUGCCUAAUUGUUUAUGUGCAGUGCCAAUCAAAUAAGGAUCUGUAUAAUGGUCAAUAUGGCGAAUACAAUAAGGAAUAUGACCCAAAUCGCGCUCAACGCCGGCCGAAUCCCGGGGACACAGAUUACAGAACUUACGUGUUCAAUAAUAGACGAUACGGGACUGAUCCGACACGGUACAAUCCAUACAACCCGAAUAUAAAUCAGCCGGGUGGGUUCCCAUACAACCCUCUGCCUUACAACCCACUGAAUCCCAAUCCCCUGGAUGAUCAAUACAAGUUUAAUACUAACCGUGACCCGAACAACCCUGAUGCAUUGUUCCCUGGUGUGCUCGGAGGAUGGAGAGAAGACCUGCAAGGUCGGGAGAGGCGAGACUCGCGGCAGCUCAAGAGAGAUAUAUUCGUCACUACCAACUUCGGACAAGUGCAAGGAUUUAAAGUAUAUUUAUAUGACAACCCAGAUCCCAAUUCGGGGUACAGACCUUGGUUGACACCUGUGGAGAGGAUACAGGGAGAAGUGUCGGUGUUCCUCGGUAUACCAUACGCCAGGCCACCUGUUCUGGAAGGCAGAUUUAAGCCGCCCCGUCAACAUCCCGGCUGGCAGCUAAUGCAAGCAGUGGACUGGGGCCCGGCCUGCCCCCAGCCAACCCGGUUCACCGGUGCCACCAAAGGCAUCCGAGACAUGGACGAAGACUGCCUCUACUUGAAUAUAUUCUCACCUAAUACUGAAACGGGGUCGACGGCUCAGAAGUACGCCGUGAUGGUCUACAUCCACGGAGGACAGUUCUCAUCGGGCGCUUCCAACCUAUUCCCUGGCCACAUGCUAGCCGCUUUCUAUGACGUCGUCGUCGUGUCCAUCAACUACAGACUGGGCGCUUUAGGUUUCCUCUCAACUGCCGAUGAGAACUCUCCAGGGAACUACGGGAUCCUCGACCAGGCGAUGGCGCUCCGUUGGAUCCACGACAACAUCGGAGCAUUUAAUGGGGACCGGGCGUCUAUUACGCUGUUUGGGCCGGGUGCCGGCGCCGCCUCUGCUGGGAUAUUGGCUGUGGCGCCGCAAACUAGGGAUUUGGUCACCAGGAUUAUAGCGCAGAGCGGGUCAGCGUUAGCAGACUGGGCGAUGAUCGAAGACAAGUUCCGCGUGCAGAACACGUCUCUGGUAUUUGGAAGGCUGUUGGGCUGUCCUAUUGACUCGUCNGACUCGUCGUGGAAGCUGGUCAACUGCCUCCGCCAAGGGAGGAGCUUCUAUGAGCUGGGAAAUGCUGAGUUUCAGCCGCAAGUAGGCUUCAUCCCCUGGGGUCCAGUCUUCGAGCGGAACUUCACGUUCCCCGGCGACGAGUGGUACGAGGGUUGGCGGCAGCGCGACUGGCGGCUCCUCGACACCAUGCCCGAACAGCUGCUACGCCUCCGCCAGUACAACCCUGCGCUACAGUAUAUGACUGGCGUCACCACGCAGGAAGCGGCCUACUUCAUCUACAACAACGAUUCCCUCGCGCCGUCGUACCAGAUCACCGAGAAUUGGUUCAAUCAGAAGGUGGCGGAGUUAGUACUCCGCUACAACUACACUUUGAAUCCUCGCGGCGUGUACGAGGCAGUCCGAUACAUGUACACGUAUCAUCCUGAACCGCACAACGUCAGCGCUAUACGCGACCAGUACAUACACCUCCUAUCCGACUUUCUCUACCGCGCGCCAACCGACAAAAUGGUCAAACUAUUGCUCGAACAAAACGUACCAGUCUACAUGUAUGUCCUAAACACCACAGUGGAGGCCUAUCGCUGGCCCGAAUGGCGUCAAUAUGCCCACGAUACAGAGCAUACCUUCUUAACUGGAGCCCCGUUUAUGGACCAAGAGUUCUUCCCGGUGAAGAUGAGAAUCGACAGGCAACAGUGGACGCCCAAUGAUAGGAACAUGAGCCACUUCUUUAUGAAGGCGUAUUCGGACUUCGCGAGAUUCGGCAACCCAACCCGCUCGCGAAUUCUCGGCGUUCACUUCGAGCUGGCCAAGGCGGGUCAGCUGCGCUACCUCAACCUCAACACCACCUUCAACUCCAGCAUCCAGCUCAACUACCGCCAGACCGAGCUCGCCUUCUGGACCGUGUACCUGCCCACUGUCAUCGGCAGGCUGGUGCCUACUUACCCGCCCAUCACUGAGUUCUGGUGGGAGCCAAAGCAACCGCUGCAGAUAGCAUUCUGGUCGGUGUCGAGUUUCUGCCUCAUCCUCAUCGUACUUCUAGUCGUUUGCUGUAUGCUGUGGAGAAACGCCAAAAGGGCUGCGCCUCCGAAAUGGAAAAUGGUUCCAGCUGCGGAAACGGAUCGAUACUACAGCGACGACAUAUUUAUGGUGCCCGAGAGUGAAAAUGUCGGAAUCGAGAACAACUCGCGUUCCCGAGACAACAUCUACGAGUAUCGGGAUGUGCCUGUGAAGCGCCCGCCCACUCCGCAAACUAUAAGCAGAGCGGCGAGCCAGGCCCAAACGCUGCAAUCGCGGCCGGAUUCCCAAGCCUCCACGGGCUCGGCGCUGUCGCUGAAGGAAAGCGUGGUGUCCCGCGCGCCGGAGCCUCUGCCCAGGGCGCGAUCCCGCACGCAAAUGGUCGCAGGCGUCCCGCAAACCACUGUAUGAAUACUGCAUGGGUCUUACUAACAUUUCGGAGUAUACAAUGAGGGCUAUCGUUUUUAUACUUAACAGUUGGCACCCCUGGCGAUUGACAGGACCUUACUCUACAGUGG